AAAUAAAAUUUAUUUUUUAUCUCCUACCAUUGUGUAGAAGGGAAUAUAAAUAAUUCCUUGACAUUAUAGUCGUGAUUGCAACGACAUUUCACGGUGGUUUGUCGUGGUAAGGGCUUGCAGCAAUGCAUUCGCCCUCCAAUACGACCCUUCCCCUUACGCGAAUCCUAUGGAAUACUUACGAGCGCUUGGAGCAAGCCAGUCUGGUUUUGUGUUCCCAUGCGCGCGGAUCGCGGGCGCGCACGUACUGGCCACCUAUCCAAAAUAUUUCCGAAUUCGAAAUUUGAAAACCAAACGCUCGUUGUUUCUGGUUUUAUUUUCUAAUAGCGGCUGAUUUCGAAGAAAGUUUACCUUUACAUUUUAAAGUGUUUUGAACUUUUAAGAAAGUUUUUAAAAGUUUUAUUUUAUUUUUUUACAAGGAUUGGAAAUGUUUUAGUGAUUACAUUGUUAUGUUAUCGUUUUUGUGCUUUAUGUUGUGUUGUUACAGUUAUGUUUUGAAUUUUCGUUAGUGUUUUGUUCAUUUGCGGUGAUUUGUGAGUGUUUGACUGUUGAGGAGGAUUGUAGUUUGUCACAAUGGAGCUAUUUUGGAAAGUGCUGAGCUUUCAACUAUUAUUAGCACAGGCUCAGGCGAACUGGUGGAAUUUAGCUGCGCCCAGCCCCGUCCAAGGAAACACGUCAUUGGAGACGGUCACGUUGCACAAAGAGAACUGUCAGAGGCUAGACUAUUUGGGCGAGCGGCAGAAACAACUCUGCUUACUGUCCGAUAAGAUGGUCCAGGUGCUACAAACGGGCGCCUUGCAGGCGGUCGAGGAGUGCCAACACCAGUUCCGACACAGCCGGUGGAACUGCAGCACUGUUCAGAACUCCACCGACAUCUUCGGAGGGGUGCUGAAAUACAAAUCGCGAGAAGCGGCGUUCGUGCACGCGUUGUCUUCAGCGGCACUUGCGCACGCCGUGGCCCGCGCUUGCUCACGAGGCGAGCUCAACGAGUGCUCCUGCGACUCGAGGGUGCGGAAGCGUACACCAAGGCACUGGCAGUGGGGAGGAUGCUCUGAGGAUAUCAGGUAUGGCGAGAUUUACAGCCGCGACUUCGUGGACUCCAAAGAAGACAAGAACACUGAUGAGGGGCUGAUGAACCUGCAUAACAAUGAAGCUGGACGACGGGCGGUCCGAGGGCGCAUGCAGCGCGUGUGCAAGUGCCACGGCAUGUCCGGCUCGUGCUCCGUGCGCGUGUGCUGGCGCCGCCUGCCGCCGCUCCGCGCCGUCGGCGACGCGCUCACCACGCGGUACGAGGGGGCGUCACAUGUUAAGGUGGUUGAAAGAAAAAGAGGAAAGAACAUAAGGAAACUGCGACCGCUUCAUGCUGACAUGAAGAAACCUAACAAGACCGACCUGGUUUAUUUAGAAGACUCUCCUGACUACUGCGAACCUAAUGAUGAACUGGGCAUCCUGGGCACGCGCGGACGCUCGUGUAACCGCACGUCGGCCGGGCUGGACGGCUGCCGCCUGCUGUGCUGCGGGCGCGGCUACCAGACGCGCGUGCGCGACCACGAGGAGAAGUGCCGCUGCCGCUUCGUGUGGUGCUGCCGCGUGCACUGCGAGCUCUGCCGCUACAAGCGCGACCAUCAUGUCUGCAAUUAACUGAGCUGUUCGGCUUUCUUAACAAUAGGGUGCCUAGUCAACGUACCAGUCGUUUACGCUCCGCGAUGGAGAGAGAUGACAACGCUACGCUACGGAGCGUAAACGAUUGGCACGGUAGCUAGGCACGCGGAGAUUUACAGUCCUACCUAAAAUGUAGAAAACUGAGCCGCAAGGCUUCAACAGGCAACAUGUGAUGCAAACAUUAUAUGAUAUUUGAAUUGUUUGAUGUUUAACGUAAAACAAAAUCUCACAUAAAAUUAUCGAUGUGUCAGAACAACUGUGUUGCCACGGUGGUUUGCUUUAGUUCGUUGGUUUUAUUCCUAUAUUUUUUGUAGAUCUGGGCUAUAACCACGAAAAUCGAAGUGCGUCAAUUGUGGGCAUUUUUCUCUGUCACUCUAUUGCGUCUGAGUAAGAGUAAAAGAAAAAGAUCCCCGAAAUUUGCGGUUUUCGCGGGAGCCCCUGCAGUGUGUUUUUGUUGGAACUCUGACUUCAUUGGGAGAACAUAUAACUGUGUAUAAAUAUUGCAUGAAAAUAUAUUCUGAAUGCUAUAAUUUAACUGACCUCGUUUUUGAGGCUUUAAAGUGCACAGUCACAAACUUACAAAGGUUCUCUACACUCGUUACACAUAGUGUUUACACAUGGUGGUUCAAAUAAUGAAAGUUGGCAAAUUUGGUUCCAAUGUAUGUUAUUUAUUACAAUGAUAAUAAAGCAUUUACCAGUCAAAAUCUUUCAUAGGUGUUGCUAACUGAGAGUCUAAAAUAUUUUAUUAAUUCCUAAACUUUUAUUAUAAAUAAAAUUUAAAAUUUGAAAACGGUAUUAUAGUAAUUGAAAGGGUUUUAUAGGAAAACAGUAAACUAAACAUUUCUAUUGAUUGUCCAAUAUUUAAAAAAAAAAAAACAGUGGCAUUCCGGGAGUACCAACAGAAGCGAAAUCUUGAACAAUUAGGUACGUGUGUAUUUUUUGAAUCUUCGUAUAGUUAUAUAACCAAUGUAUUUCAACCCAAACUCAACUCUCGUGUAAACGGGGCCAAUUUAAGUAGAUACUAAUAAUAUACAGAGGUGUCGGUUACGGUAACGGUAACAGUGUCGCGAGUUCAAUGGGUUUUUCCUAUCUCAAAAAAUGCCCAACGCGCCAUUUUUAAAGAAGUUUCCACUUCAAAAAUAUAGGUAUGUGACUAACUGUAAUAUUUUAUCUUUCGCAAUUUUCCAUUAUUUAUGAGUAUCGUACAAUCAAUACCGAGCCAAAUAUGAUAACUGGUGAAUGUUUCAUUGUUUGCAUAGGUACUUAAAUAAAAUUUGAUUCUCUAUAUAUACCUAUUGUGAAUGGACUGAUUUAUUUUAAGUGAAAAAAAUGGUUUAUUUUUUAACUUAAGCUUUAAAUUUAUUUACAGUAUUACUUUUAAUUUAUUUUACUUUAGAGUUAUUGGUGUAUAAAGUUGUAAAUAAUGUUUUGUUAAAUAUAGUAGUAACUUAGGACCAGCCAGUAGUACUCCAAUAAUAUUGAUUAACCAUUUUAAUUUUAUCAAAUUGUAAAUAAUAAUUUUAAGCGUCAUCGUACUUUUAGGAAAAUGUAAUGUUUAAUUUUAUUUUCUACCUCAAAUGAUCGAAAUAUUUUUUCGAGGCAUCGAAUCUUUAAUAGCGUUACUUUGUUUCGCUUUCUAGGGAAUUCGUAACUAUUGUGUACAUAUAACAAUCGAGUGUAAGUUAGCGGUAAUAAUUUAUUACAUCUUCAUUAAGCUUUAUUGUACCAGUCUUUACGGUAAAUAUAAGCGACACAUUAUCAUGUUUCUCUACGAAUUCAUUUUAAUAUCCAUUGAUGUUGUCCACUUCAUAAUUUGUAAAUAGGUACUUUAUAGUCUUAAGUAUGUUUGUCUCUUAUACUAUAUAUAUGAUACGUGAUAUUAUAUUACUAGUAACUCCGACCUGAAAUAUUUAAUUUAGAUUUGGAAAAUAAGGCAUAUUUUUAAAUUUAUAUAAAAACUAGGCUUCGUUUCACAUUGUUGACUUGAUAAAUAGAAAACAACUCAUAAUUAUUUAAUUUACUACCAUAUCGAAUGUCAUCAUGAAACAUUUGUUUGCUGUAAAUCA